AUGUGUGAAUGUUUUAAUGCAAUGAUUAUUGAAGCUAGAGACAAGCCAAUUAUCACUCUAUUGGAAAAGAUAAGGUAUCUUCUUAUGGCUAGGAUGCAGGCAAAUAGGGAUAAAAGCGCCAAAUGGGACAUCAAUGAUGUUUGUCCUAGGAUAAAGGAUAUAUUGAAGAAAAAUCAAAAGACUGCAGCAGAGUUCAUUCCUAGAAAAUCUAAUGAGUGGAACUAUGAGAUUAUAGGGGCAAACAUAAAUAAUAAGAGGGUUGUGGACUUGCUAAAUAAGAUAUGCAACUGUAGAAAAUGGGAUUUGACAGGAAUUCCUUGCAAGCAUGCCAUUGCUGCAAUUUGGGCUAAAAAAGAUGAGAUUAAUUCCUAUGUCCAUGAUUGUUAUAAGGUGGAAACAUAUAGAAGGGUCUAUGACUUUGCUAUUUUACCUAUGAAUGGACAGGAUAUGUGGCCAAAGUCAAAUAACAUUGCUCUACUGCCUCCCAAAUUAGUAAGAACUAGCACUAAAGGAAGAAAGCAGACAAAAAGGAGAAAAGAACCAGAUGAAGUAGGAGCAAGUAGAACUAAAAUGAAAAGGAGACAGACUUCUUUGGAUUGCAGCAAAUGCCAUAAUACUGGCCAUAACAGAAGAGCAUGCAAACUAUAUGUUGUUCAACCGGAUCUCCAAGUUAAUGAGCCAUCAUCUUACGCUUCGGGCUCAUCAACUCGCGCAAAGCUUCCGGUAUCAAUAAAUUACAGUUGA